AGUAAAAAUAAACACAGUUACAAUGAGUGACUCCGUAGAUCCAGUUGAACAGAUGCUAUUGAAAACCGGCUGUAUCAAUCUUCAUUACAAAGUUCAGGAGUGCAUUGCCGAAACCGGAGACUGGCGGAAGUGUCAGGACGUAGUCAAAGAUUUCAAAACCUGCAUGCAAGACUAUACGGAAAAGCAGCGGCAGAAGUACGAAAAAAAACAAUGAUGACCGUGCUUAGGAAAUUAAUAUCAACCGUUGCUGGUCCAACAAAGAUGGUGCUAGUCGUUCGUUCAGAUUUAGGAUUAAGGAAGGGUAAAAUCGCCUCCCAAUGUGCCCACGCUGCCGUUAUGUGCUACAUCCGGUCGGCCAGUGUUAAUCAGGCAAAACUGAACUUGUGGCUAAGCGAUGGACAACCGAAGAUCGUUGUCAAGGUGGAAAGUUUGGAAGAGAUGGAUGAAAUAGCUAGGAGGGCCAGGAGCAAACACGUUGUGGCCGAGA